CCACACUUGUUUCACAAGACAAGAAGAUCAAGAAGUCAAGCUAAUGGCCACAAGCAUGAAGAUGGGCUUGGGGGUGGUGUUCUUGUUGGUAUUGAGCUCUGUGAGCUCUGUGAUUUGUGAGAAUGAUGAUGGAGCUGAUAAGAAGUUUGAUGACAAUUUUAAUGUAAUGUGGGCAGAGGACCAUGUUAAGACCUCUGAAAAUGGUCAUGUAUGGCACCUCAAUCUUGAUCAGAUAUCAGGAUCUGGGUUCCAGUCCAAACACAAGUACAGGUUUGGAUGGUUCAGCAUGAAGCUGAAGCUGGUACCAGGGGACUCUGCAGGCGUGGUCACUGCUUAUUAUAUGUCUUCUAACAAUGACAUGAACAGAGAUGAGCUGGACUUUGAAUUCCUGGGCAACAGAAGUGGACAGCCAUAUGCUUUGCAGACCAACAUAUAUGCCAAAGGUGUGGGCGGGAGAGAGCAGAGGCAUAUUCUCUGGUUUGAUCCCACUCAGGAAUUUCACACCUACUCCAUCCUCUGGAACUCUCAUCAGAUAGUGUUUUUUGUAGACCAAAUUCCAGUGAGAGUGCACAGGCACACCAGGGCUACUACCCAUGUGUUUCCCAGGGAGCAGGGGAUGUACUUGUUUUCAAGCAUUUGGAAUGCAGAUGACUGGGCUACCAGAGGUGGACUGGAGAAAACAAACUGGGCAGCAGCUCCUUUUGUUUCUUCUUACAAGAAAUUCCAUGAUCUGGGCUGCAAAUGGGAGGAUUCAUUUCCUGCCUGUGUUGCCACCAGUACUGAGAAAUGGUGGGAUGACCCUGUUGCAUGGAGUUUGAAUGAGAAGCAGAAGGAAGAUUACAGGUGGGUGAGAAGCAAGUACAUGGUCUAUGAUUACUGCUCUGACAAAUCUCGCUUCUCCACACAGCCUGUUGAAUGCUCUGUUGCUCCUUGGGACUAAACUGAGAUCUGAGAUGAUGAGAUCACAUUGUGCUUAUCUUUGCUUGCAGAAAUGUAGAAAGCUGCAAUAACUUCAAUGCAAAUCAUUCUCUCUGCUGUAUGUAUUAUAGAAGUUUAAUUUGAUUGUGAGUUGUUACCAUUCUCAAAAUCUCCAGUUAGAAUGAGGUUUAGUGGGAUGAAUGAUGAUAGUAAAUGCUGGGAAAGUGUAGUUAUUAGAGUUUCAGAUUUGGUUAUGAGAUCACUCUGCAUGUGUGGGUGUGAGUGUUGUAAUCCUAUCAAUGGCCCAAGUGAGUGGACUGCCAUGCAUAGACAGUUAUAAAAAAUGUGCUUCAUUAUUUAUGAACAUUACCUUCAAUUGCUUGUAAUUGAAUUUGCAUAUGAUUGAUUACAUCAAUGAAAAAUUAUCUUGUGAAAUUGAACA